ACGGUUACUUUCAUUUGAAUUGAGGAAGGAUUCAGUGCUUUGUUCUCGAUUACAGUGGUCUCUAAAAAGUCUGAUAUUUAUAGAAAUAUUUCCUCCUUUAUGACCUCUAACACCACAGAAAAAAUGUGCCUCACAAUGCUUUUGGAUUAUCAUUUAUGUUUCAAACAGUAAUCAGUAGAGUUGAUGGAUUCCACCUGACACCGCCUUGGUGCUCCUCUCAGUCCGUGAAGGCAUCAAACCUCUUGGCCAAUGAAGAUGUGACUGUUGUUUGAGAUCUGCUGCGUGCUGGUUAAAGUGUUGCUGAACAGGAAGUUGAAGUGUAGACUUGAGAGAGCAUUAACAGACAUGAGGGUCUGUCAUCAUCUUCUUGUGUUGUUUUUUCUAGCAGGCUUAUGCUCACUCGUUGACAGUUAUGUCUGGCGGCCGAUUCCAGGAGCUCUACAAAACGUUAGUACAAAUGACACGGGUGUAAAGAAGGCUGUCCUGGUGGGAACAUACUCAUUCAACAAUAAAUCCAAUGAUGCUUUUCUGUUCAGAUCAUCAGCUAUUGAUGAUGCAAAAAGACAGAUAGUGAAAGGUAUCCGCUACGUUCUGACAGUAGAGAUCUCCCGAACUAUGUGCAGAAAGAUGGGCAAGAAUGAUGAUCUCCCCAACUGUCCCUUUCAGACAGACAGUCUAUUAAAGCAGAUCCCUUUAGGAAGAGAGUUGCGUCAAUGAUUUUGUACAGCAAUGGCAGAUGAUGGAGCCUCUCAAGAGUUCCCGAGCUGCAGCAGAAAAGACUAAAUGUGAUAAACUUGAUGAAAGUUUUAAAACUUAAGACAUUUAAAAAAU